AUGCCCACGCUGCUGUCCACACUGCCUUGCUUCGCUCCGUCCGCUGCCCGAUCUGGUUCCCGUACCAGGGUAGCCGAGCGCACUGGUCCACAGAUUGCACUGGCACCUCCACACCGGAUCGGACCCGAUUUGGGCCCAUCGGGGACCCAAGAGCAGCUCCCCAGAUUGUGGACUGAUGGAAUGAUGCGUUGUCAUUGGAGCUACUGUAGACAGGUCCAAGCGGGCCAGGGCACAGGUGGAUAUCCCCGGCCAGCAGAGGAGACACAUUACCGCGACAAGUGCAUCGCUCUGUUGCAGUUUAGGCACAGCUCUGAGGUGUUUGUUUAG